CUCAGCGUUCAGUGUUUUUAUUUAUUUCUUUGUUUCAUGUGUGCAUAAAACAACAACAAUGGUGGAUAAUUGAAUAAGUGGAGAUUCACGAGGAUGAGCGAAUGACAUUUCCACUUCCAGUUUACCACACCGAUAGAGAAUCAACAGGGGGAGGAUGAAGCGGCGCAAUGCGGACUGCAGCAAACUCCGACGGCCGGUAAAACGGAACCGAAUCACCGAGGGUAUUUAUAGCAGUACGUUCCUGUACCUGAAGUUCCUGGUGGUGUGGGUGUUAGUUCUGCUGGCUGACUUUGUGCUGGAGUUCAGGUUUGAGUACCUGUGGCCUUUCUGGCUCUUUAUCCGAAGUGUCUACGACUCCUUCAGAUAUCAGGGACUGGCGUUCUCUGUUUUCUUUGUAUGUGUGGCGUUUACGUCAGACAUCAUCUGCCUCCUCUUCAUCCCCGUCCAAUGGCUGUUUUUCGCUGCCAGCACCUACGUAUGGGUCCAGUAUGUCUGGCACACAGAAAGAGGAGUCUGUCUACCCACUGUAUCGCUGUGGAUCCUGUUCGUGUACAUUGAAGCUGCCAUUCGCUUCAAAGACCUGAAGAACUUCCACGUAGACCUGUGUCGACCCUUUGCUGCUCACUGUAUCGGCUAUCCAGUGGUGACGCUGGGCUUCGGCUUCAAAAGCUACGUCAGCUACAAGAUGCGACUGAGGAAACAGAAGGAGGUGCAGAAGGAGAACGAGUUCUACAUGCAGCUCCUCCUCCAGGCUCUACCGCCGGAGCAGCAGAUGCUCCAGAGACAGGAGAGGGAGGCAGAGGAGGCUGCGUUAGCUAAAGGGAUUACCGAGGUAGAACCAGCAGUCGUUUCCCAAAACGGAUCAGCUCCAGCAAAGAAAAGCCCCUCAGUGCCGUUACCAGAACUGGAGUACCGGGAAAAAGGAAAGGACAGUACAGCGAAAGAGGGUAAAAAACAAAACUCAGUGGGAAUCAAUAACAACAGUAUUGUACACGCACUGGACUCCAAAGUACAGGAGACAGAGUACAUAGAGAACUACGCCGGGGCAAAGAGACUGAAUAACGACCUGGUGGGAGACGGCACACACACCGAAACCAACACACACUCUGCUUCUAAAGAGGAAAUGGGAAGCACGGGGAAGAACUACAAAAACGCCAGCGGAGGCGGGGGAAACAUUUCCAACUCGUCGCCACGGAAUCACAGUUCUUCAAAUGGCAGCGUGCCGCCAGGUUCCUCGGCCAAUAAGAACGAGAAGAAGCAGAAGGGGGCGGGGAAAGGGCAGAAGGACCCGGUGGAGAACUGCAUCCCCAACAACCAGCUGGGCAAGCCCGACGCCCUCGUACGGCUGGAGCAGGAUGUGAAGCGUCUGAAGGCGGAUCUUCAGGCCAACAGGCAGCUGGAGUCGGAGCUGCGCAGUCAGGUGUCCUCUCUGAGCAGUCAGGACCGCAGCCUGCGCUCUGAACUGGGCCAGCUGCGGCAGGACAACGAGCUGCUGCAGAACAAGCUCCACAGUGCCGUCCAGGCCAAGCAGAAGGACAAGCAGACCAUCUCUCAGCUGGAGAAGAGGUUGAAGGCGGAGCAGGAGGCUCGCGCCCUCGCCGAGAAACAGCUGGCCGAAGAGAGGAAGAGGAAGAAGAUGGAGGACGCCACCGCUGCCAGAGCCGUAGCUCUAGCUGCUGCCACCAGGGUGGAGUCCACUGAUUCUCUGCGAGGCCACAUCAGAGAGCUGGAGAUGGAGUGCAAGAAGCUCAGCAUGGACCUGAAGCUGAAGGAGGAGCAGAUCAGGGACCUGGAGGGCAAGUGUCAGGAGCUGAGGAAGUAUAAAGAGAACGAGAAGGACACGGAGGUCUUGAUGUCGGCGCUGUCAGCCAUGCAGGACAAGACGCAGCACCUGGAGAACAGCCUGAGCGCUGAGACCAGGAUCAAGCUGGACCUGUUCUCUGCCCUGGGGGACGCCAAGAGGCAGCUGGAGAUCGCACAAGGCCAGAUCCACAAGAGGGAGCAGGAGAUCGCCGAGCUGAAGCAGAAGAUAGCGGAGGUGAUGGCGGUGAUGCCGAGCCUCUCCUACUCCUCGGACAGCAACAACAUGAGCCCCGUCACCCCCCACUACUCCUCCAAGUUCAUGGACAAUAGUCCCUCCUCCCUGGACCCCAACGCCUCAGUCUACCAGCCCCUCAAGAAGUGACUCUGACAGAACUUUGUCCUCUUUUGGGUUUAUUUCUGAGUUGACCAGCCCCUGACAGUUUUUGCACUCUGAUGUUACGCGCUCACAAGCCCUCCAGACAUCCUUUGUUUGUUUGUUGGAUUAUUAUUUCGAGAGGGUUGUGUACGAUAUUUUCUGUGGUGAGUUUAGACAUUUAGACAUUUAGACAGUGUUAUCUGUUUGGGGAGAAAGGAACACUAUUUGUUAGCCAAAUGUUUACUGAUGGGCCGUCAUGCAUUGCUUCAUCUUCUUUUGGUGUCAGAAUGUCCCCCCUAUACAUAUCUUCUUUAAUAUUAAACUGACAGUUUAGUUAAAAAAACUAUUGGAUUCUCCUAAAACUCACCUGUAAAGUGUUGCCCAGCGAGAGAUACAUGAAUGUAAAGCUAUUCAUGUUUGCCCACCACCGUUAUCUAAAAUCAGUGAUUGUAUUGUUUUAGUUACGGCAAUGUACAUUUUCUUCUAAACAUUGUGAUAUUGAAACGUUUGCUGUGUUCUUCAGGUAUUCCAAUACAAUGUGUCCUCUGGAAUAGUACCAGGAUUAUCAGUUAGUGGACAAAGCAGAUUAAAUAAUGUCCUAAAAAUGAAAUAAAAAGGCCACUGCUCCUGGAGAUUCGACCUGGCACUGCCAAAAGACAACCUUUCCUUUCCUUCUGGACCAAAACCCGUUAGGCCAUAUCGUUCUCACAAGUCAAUGAUGUGGAAGGUAACUGCUUUUACCGUUAUUUGCAGAUUUUUACAGUGCCUUCUCUUUUUUAAGAUGCAAAAACGACAUAAUCCUGGGAUCUAAAAGCAUCAUUUCUCGAUCGAGCUCUGAUUCGCCUGGUUCAAGAUGUCUGAUCCUGUCAAUUCAGUAUUCAAAGGUUAAAACAAUAAGACGCAGUUUCUUUCCAACACAGACUUCAAAGGGAAAACAAAACGUUGGAUAUGGCACAUGUCAUUUCAUCGUGACGCAGUCUUGGUACGCCAAACAACCACCAAACUGAUUGUCUAUGCCGAGAGUUGGCAUUUAGUUGUUUACAACGAUGUACAUUACUUAUUAAAUGAGGAAUGUUUGUUUAUUUCAUUUCAAGUGCCAAGUGUUGAUGUUCAGUUUCCAUACUUAAGGUCGAUGUAGCUAGCAUAAUGUUUGCAGAACGGUGCUGUUAUUUCUUUGUCAUUAUUGGGAUGGUGUUGUGUUUACAAAGUUCUGGGCUGAAGUGUUCAGUCGGACUGAUUGUGUUUUCCACAUGUUUAUUUAUUUGUUCCAGAUGUUUCUUCACCUCCUUGAUAUUUCCCAUCAAUCAGUUGAGUUCCUAUAUUUUUCUACCAGGAAGGAUUCUGUGAAUGUGUUGUGCUGUCAUGUUGCCUACCUGGGGGAACAAAAGUAUUCUUUGUGGAUCGCUCUGGUGUUGUGAAUUCAGUUCAGUUGCUUUUCUAGGUUUGUGGAAUGAAAAGAAGGUUUGAAGGAAAAAAAAAAAGUGUUUUGUUUUAUCUUUCAUUGUUCCACCAUGUUUGUUUUCUUUACUCAAAGUGAUGGUGGCUGUGUCACUCUGUUCACUUUGACCAUCACUAUUAAAGAAAGUCUUGCUGGUGGCAAUGCAAGCUGUUCAGUGUG